AUGCUGCGUCUGUCAUACUGGGUCUUCCCCAUCUUCGCCGGCCUCGUAUGGCUUGGCACCCUGCUUGGCCUGCUUCUCCACUGGGUCAUCGACACCAACUACAGGGUCUACCCGUCCAUGCAGGGCGGCCAGACCAUCGCAUACAUCUCAGACGUAGGCGCCCAGGAGCUGAAGCCCUUGUUCAUCACCGGGAGCGUCAUCACCACCGUCUUCUUCGACAUCUCCUUCCUGAGCGACCGCUGGCUGCGCCACAAGGGCCGCCUCGUCCCCAACACCACCAUAGGCGAGAAGAUCCUGUCCGGCCUGACCAUCGUCUGCGCCAUCUUCGGCACCGUCGGCCUGAUCCUGCUCAGCAUCUUCGACACGGCCCGCCACCCAAGGCUGCACGACCUCUUCCUGGGCUUCUUCAUCGUCGGCUACCUGCUGUCCGCCAUCUUCAUCUGCUGGGAGUACCAGCGCCUGGGCAUCCGCCACCGCCAGCACCGCAUCCUGCGCAUCUCCUUCUGGAUCAAGCUGGCCUUUGUGCUCAUCACCAUCGCCCUGGCCAUCCCCUUUGUCGUCCUCACCUCGCGCGGCACCUACAACCCCGCCGCCAUCCUCGAGUGGGUCAUCGCCGUCGUCUUCAGCUUCUACGUCUUCUCCUUUUACGUCGACCUCUACCCGGCCGUCUACACCAAGCACGGCGGGAACUACCGCACAAAGACCUGGGACGGCGCCCGCCGCAAGCCCGAGGUCCGCAAGAUGGAGGAGGGCUCCAGCAGCACCAGGAGCCACCUCCACUCAGACGGCAACCACGUUCCCAGCAACUUUUAG